AUGUUUCAAGGGGAUGCCCCAAUCAUAGCAACAAUGGAUGCUGCAGCCACAGCCUCCACAAAUGUUGCAACCUUCCAUAUUAGCACAACUAUUGUUGCUGUUUCAAUUACUAGUGAGUUGACUAUUGGAGAAUAA